AAAUUUUCAAUUAUUGUGGGGAAGAGACGAUGUUAUCAAUAUUUGUUUUUUUUCCCUCUCAGUCGUCGUUGUACUAUUUCCGACUCGAAUUUCUCCGACAGAUCUCCUCAUUUCCAUCUUCCUUCACCCCUCUCUCUCUACACUCGGAUCUUUCCCUCUCCUAAUUUCUUUCCAUUGAAGAACCCUCGCUUUCUCAAGGGAGGGUUCACAAACGUAUCGUAGAUUCGCCAAAAUUUCAAUCGUGUCAUUCAGAGAUCUAUUCAACAAUGGCUGCCGCUAAUGCUCCCAUUGUCAUGCAAGAAGCCCUAACGCUACCAGCCGUAGGGAUCAAUCCACAGUUUAUUACAUUCACUCAUGUAACAAUGGAAUCAGACAAAUACAUUUGUGUAAGGGAGACUUCGCCACAGAAUACUGUUGUUAUUAUUGAUAUGAACUUGCCGAUGCAGCCCUUGAGACGUCCCAUCACUGCUGAUUCUGCCCUGAUGAACCCUAACUCAAAAAUUCUCGCCCUUAAAGCUCAAGUUCCAGGGACUACUCAAGACCACCUUCAGAUCUUCAAUAUUGAAGCGAAAACAAAGAUAAAGUCCUAUCAAAUGCCUGAGAUGGUUGUCUUCUGGAAAUGGAUUACCCCUAAGAUGUUAGGUCUUGUUACACAGACAUCUGUUUACCACUGGUCCAUUGAAGGUGAUUCUGAGCCAAUGAAAAUGUUCGAGCGGACCGCAAAUCUGGCCAACAAUCAAAUAAUCAACUACCGCUGUGAUCCUUCAGAAAAAUGGCUCGUUCUGAUAGGAAUUGCUCCUGGCGCGCCAGAGAGACCACAAUUGGUGAAGGGGAACAUGCAGCUGUAUUCGGUGGACCAACAGCGUAGUCAAGCUCUUGAAGCUCAUGCAGCGUCCUUUGCACAAUUCAAGGCUCCUGGAAAUGAAAACCCUUCAACUCUUAUUUGCUUUGCCAGCAAGGCCUCUAAUGCUGGACAAGUUGCUUCGAAGUUGCAUGUCAUUGAACUUGGUGCCCAGCCUGGGAAACCCGGAUUUAGUAAGAAACAAGCUGAUCUCUUCUUCCCUCCUGACUUUGCAGACGACUUUCCUGUGUCUAUGCAGGUAUCUCAGAAGUAUGGGCUAAUAUAUGUUAUCACAAAGCUUGGGCUUCUGUUUGUCUAUGAUCUGGAGACAGCCAGUGCAGUUUACAGAAACAGGAUUAGUCCGGAUCCAAUCUUUUUGACUUCUGAAGCAACCUCAGUUGGUGGAUUUUAUGCUGUCAACAGACGAGGUCAGGUGUUGUUAGCCACUGUAAAUGAAUCAACAAUUGUGCCAUUUGUUAGUGGCCAGCUCAACAACUUGGAGCUUGCAGUUAAUCUUGCUAAGCGUGCAAACCUUCCUGGCGCGGAAAACUUGGUUGUCCAGCGAUUCCAGGAAUUAUUUGCUCAGACAAAGUACAAGGAGGCAGCCGAGCUUGCUGCAGAAUCUCCUCAGGGCCUUUUGCGUACUCCUGAUACUGUUGCUAAGUUUCAGAGUGUUCCCGUGCAAGCUGGGCAAACACCACCAUUGUUGCAGUAUUUUGGAACAUUGUUAACAAGAGGGAAGCUUAAUGCUUUUGAGUCACUGGAAUUGUCUAGACUAGUUGUAAAUCAGAACAAAAAGAAUUUGUUGGAAAAUUGGUUGGCAGAAGACAAGCUUGAAUGCAGUGAAGAACUUGGAGAUCUUGUGAAGACAGUGGAUAAUGACCUUGCUCUCAAAAUAUACAUCAAAGCUAGGGUAACUCCUAAGGUUGUCUCAGCAUUUGCUGAGAGGAGGGAGUUUGAUAAGAUAUUGAUAUAUUCAAAGCAGGUUGGAUACACUCCCGAUUAUUUGUUCCUUUUGCAAACAAUUUUACGGACUGACCCACAGGGAGCUGUUAAUUUUGCUUUGAUGAUGUCUCAAAUGGAGGGUGGAUGCCCUGUUGAUUACAAUACCAUCACAGAUCUGUUCCUUCAGAGAAAUUUGAUUCGUGAAGCAACAGCAUUUUUGCUCGAUGUGCUGAAGCCAAACUUACCAGAACACGGCUAUCUCCAAACUAAAGUUCUGGAAAUCAAUCUUGUAACAUUUCCUAAUGUAGCAGAUGCAAUCUUAGCUAAUGGCAUGUUUAGCCAUUAUGAUCGUCCCCGAAUUGCACAACUUUGUGAAAAGGCUGGAUUGUAUUUGCAGGCUCUCAAGCAUUACACUGAACUGCCGGACAUCAAACGUGUCAUAGUUAAUACCCAUGCAAUUGAGCCUCAGGCACUCGUGGAGUUCUUUGGAACACUUUCUAAAGAGUGGGCUCUUGAGUGCAUGAAAGAUCUUCUACUAGUAAAUUUAAGAGGCAAUCUGCAGAUAAUUGUGCAGGCUGCCAAAGAAUACUGUGAACAGUUGGGUAUUGAUGGUUGCAUAAAGCUCUUUGAGCAGUUCAAAUCUUACGAAGGGCUAUAUUUCUUCUUAGGUUCAUAUUUGAGCUCAAGCGAGGAUCCAGAGAUUCAUUUCAAAUACAUUGAAGCAGCAGCUAAAACUGGUCAAAUCAAGGAAGUUGAACGUGUAACUCGUGAAUCAAACUUCUAUGAUCCCGAAAAGACGAAAAAUUUCUUGAUGGAAGCCAAGCUUCCUGAUGCAAGGCCUCUGAUAAAUGUUUGUGACCGAUUUGGGUUUGUUCCUGAUCUUACCCACUACCUCUACAAAAAUAACAUGCUUCGCUACAUUGAAGGCUAUGUACAAAAGGUCAACCCCAGCAAUGCUCCUCUAGUUGUGGGGCAGCUGCUUGAUGACGAAUGCCCCGAAGAUUUUAUCAAAGGCCUUAUUCUUUCUGUGCGAUCUCUUCUUCCUGUUGAGCCUCUUGUGGAGGAAUGUGAGAAGAGGAAUCGUCUGCGUUUGCUCACCCAGUUCUUGGAGCACCUCGUUAGUGAGGGGAGCACUGAUGUACAUGUUCAUAAUGCUCUGGGUAAAAUAAUCAUUGACAGCAAUAACAAUCCUGAACACUUUCUCACAACCAAUCCAUACUAUGAUCCCCGUGUGGUGGGCAAGUACUGUGAGAAAAGGGAUCCUACUCUUGCUGUUGUUGCAUAUAGGCGGGGACAAUGUGAUGAUGAGCUCAUUAAUGUCACGAACAAGAAUUCUUUAUUUAAACUGCAGGCCAGAUACGUUGUGGAAAGAAUGGAUGGUGACCUCUGGGAGAAGGUCCUCACUCCAGAUAAUGAGUACAGGAGGCAAUUAAUAGAUCAAGUUGUGUCAACAGCUUUGCCAGAAAGCAAGAGCCCCGAGCAAGUUUCUGCUGCUGUCAAGGCCUUUAUGACAGCUGAUCUUCCUCAUGAGCUAAUUGAGCUUCUUGAAAAGAUUGUCUUACAAAACUCUGCUUUCAGUGGCAAUUUCAAUCUGCAAAAUCUACUUAUCCUUACAGCUAUUAAGGCGGAUCCUUCAAGAGUUAUGGAUUACAUCAAUAGGUUGGACAACUUUGAUGGACCUGCAGUUGGAGAGGUGGCAGUGGAAGCACAGUUGUAUGAAGAAGCAUUUGCUAUCUUUAAGAAAUUCAACUUGAAUGUCCAAGCUGUAGAUGUGUUGCUUGACAAUAUCCGUAACAUUGAUCGGGCUGUGGAAUUUGCAUUCCGUGUUGAAGAGGAUGCUGUAUGGACUCAGGUUGCAAAGGCCCAACUCAGGGAAGGUCUUGUCAGUGAUGCUAUAGAGUCAUUUAUCCGCGCUGAGGAUGCAACCCAUUUUCUGGAAGUUAUCAAAGCUGCUGGGGAUGCUGAUGUGUACCAUGACUUAGUGAGGUAUCUUUUGAUGGUUAGGCAGAAGGUUAAGGAGCCCAAAGUUGACAGCGAGCUUAUCUAUGCGUAUGCAAAAAUUGAUAGACUUAGUGAUAUUGAAGAGUUCAUUCUCAUGCCUAAUGUUGCCAAUCUUCAAAAUGUUGGAGAUCGUUUAUAUGAUGAAGCCUUAUAUGAGGCGGCAAAGAUCAUAUAUGCAUUUAUUUCUAACUGGGCUAAGCUAGCGGUUACUCUCGUUAAACUGAAACAGUUUCAAGGUGCUGUUGAUGCAGCUCGCAAGGCUAGCAGUGCUAAGACAUGGAAGGAAGUUUGCUUUGCUUGUGUGGACGCUGAGGAAUUCCGGCUGGCUCAGAUAUGUGGUCUUAAUGUUAUCAUACAGGUGGAUGAUCUGGAAGAGGUCAGCGAAUACUAUCAAAACAGGGGCUGCUUUAAUGAGCUCAUCUCCCUUAUGGAAAGUGGAUUGGGAUUAGAACGUGCACAUAUGGGUAUCUUCACCGAGUUGGGAGUUCUCUAUGCAAGAUACCGUCCUGAGAAGCUCAUGGAGCAUAUUAAAUUGUUUGCAACCCGUCUUAACAUACCUAAACUGAUUAGGGCUUGUGAUGAGCAGCAACAUUGGAAGGAGCUUACAUUAUUGUAUAUUCAGUAUGAUGAGUAUGACAAUGCUGCAACCACUGUGAUGAAUCAUUCUCCAGAAGCAUGGGAUCACAUGCAGUUCAAAGAUAUCAUUGUUAAGGUUGCAAAUGUGGAGCUAUACUACAAGGCAGUGCACUUCUACUUGCAGGAACAUCCUGAUCUUAUCAAUGAUGUGCUAAAUGUUCUUGCUCUUCGUGUGGACCAUACACGGGUCGUGGACAUCAUGAGAAAGGCUGGUCAACUUCCUCUUGUGAAGCCAUACAUGGUAGCUGUACAAAGCAACAACGUAGCUGCUGUAAAUGAAGCACUCAAUGAAAUCUAUCUCGAGGAAGAAGACUAUGACCGACUUCGUGAGUCCAUUGACUUGCACGAUAACUUUGACCAGAUAGGUCUUGCCCAAAAGGUGGAGAAGCACGAACUGCUAGAAAUGAGGCGUAUUGCAGCUUAUAUAUACAAAAAGGCCGGUAGAUGGAAGCAGUCCAUUGCAUUGUCAAAGAAAGACAAUCUCUACAAGGAUGCUAUGGAGACUGCUUCCCAGUCUGGUGAUCGUGAACUUGCUGAGGAGCUUCUUAUAUAUUUCAUUGAGCAGGGAAAGAAAGAAUGCUUUGCAUCAUGUCUAUUUGUUUGUUAUGAUUUAAUUAGAGCUGAUGUUGCAUUGGAGCUAGCAUGGUUGAACAAUAUGAUGGACUUUGCCUUCCCGUAUCUCUUGCAGUUUAUUCGAGAGUACAUGGGCAAAGUCGAUGAGUUGAUCAAAGACAAACUAGAAGCCCAAAAAGAGGUCAAGGCAAAAGAAGCAGAGGAGAAAGAUUUGGUUGCACAGCAGAACAUGUAUGCACAAUUACUCCCUCUUGCUUUACCGGCACCACCAAUGCCAGGAAUGGGAGGAGGUGCAAUGGGUGGAGGUUAUGGUCCACCACCUCCUAUGGGCACGAUGGGCAUGCCUCCAAUGCCUGCCUUUGGCAUGCCACCGAUGGGCUCAUACUAAUAAAAGAUUGGUUUGAGUUGUAUGAGACUGUAGAGGGCAGUAAAUUUUGUAAACUUGCUGUUUGUGCUCGCGGCAACAUCAAUCUUUCUAGUAGUUGGCUUAAUCAAGGUUAAGUUUGAGGUGUCUAGCAAUUCAAAUCUCCAUAAUGUCUUCCGUGGUGCGAUUAAAUGGAUCUAGGAGUUGUGGAUAUGCCUUAUGAUUAUUCUUUCUUAGCUGAGGCAGAAUUUCUGUUUGUUCUUUGGUAGUCGGUGUUGGUCCUUAAGUUACCUUAUGUCUCAAACUGUUGGCUUGUGGAAAAUUUUCCGAGCCUCACUGAUUUUGAAGUGCAAGUGGCGGAUUUGCCAUUGUGUAUAGGUUAUAGGUUGUGGAAUUUGUGGGCGAACAAUUUGUUUCAUAUGUAUGCUGGAAGUAUUUUGAUAGUUUUAAUUUGUAUGCUGAAUUAUACAUACUUCAUGAGACAUAAGGUUGGUUUUGUAAGUAUUACGGAUCUGAUUUUCUAAGCAGUGGUUUAAUUUGUUUCUCUGCAA